AUGCCACAACAGAGUCCUAGUUUUGGAAUGCAGCGGGUGCAUGCUGCUGCGGCCGUGGUAGAUUUAUUUGGGGGAGGGGUGACGUUGUCAGUCUCUGACAACCCUGCUGCCAGUACCAAUGGAAUCGCUGAAAUCUCAGCCAAGGCGCGCACUGCCUCUUCCCAUCUUGGGUCCAAACUCUAUUUUUUUGGAAGCAUGGUAUCUGUCAAGCAAAAUAUUCCACUUCUUGUCCACCUUUAUGCACUGGGGUCGGUGGUGUACUCUAGGCUAAGAGGCGCGCCAUACCGCAAGCACCACCUUUGCGCACCACCUGUGCAGUGCGUCCAUGUGUUGCUCGUUGUCAUCUCAGGGCUUGUUGGCAACAAUUGGCAGGGCGUACUGCACCAAGUAUCUGUUGCAAUGUUACUGGCACUAGCACGCUUCGCUGGUGGGCAGCUAGCAUUCAGGCUUGUCAACUUUAUCGGUAUUCAGACCCUCCUUCAAUCAAAGGCUGACGUCACCCUCUCACUGCGUGCUUUUGGAAUCGCUCUGCAUCUGUUCAUGCUCAUGGUCGAUCUCGAUGGACAGGGCUGGCACGAACUGCGUGAUAACGUCCAAAGUGCACUUUAUGCCAAAGAGAUAGCGCUGAUUAGGCUUGGACGCGUGCGCGAGCUGACCAUCGAUGACUUCUGGGCCUUGCCUGAGCGGUUCCAGCUCCAUGCAGCUCAUCGCGAGUUCAAGUAUGACGAGAAUGAGACGCUUUUUGUCAUUCGUGGCAUCAUACGGAUGAUAUGGCGACCGUAUCUGCCGCUGGUUGUGUUCCAGUCACUGUUUCGCAUUGCUGUGGUAUCCCAGUCUGUACUGUUCACCAUGGUUCUGAUGUGCAUUGAGAAUCCGUCGACACACGCCUGGUAUGAGCCGUAUCUGUAUUUGGCUGCCAACUUUAGUCUCCAGCUAAUCAAGUCGCAGGCAGAGCGUGUUAACCGACUGCUGGACCAAGAGGAGCAGCGCGUCAAAGAUUCUAUAAGAUUCGAAAUACUGCGGUGCGCAUUGGCAAACGCUGGCAAGGGAGAUUGGGUGGAUAUCGGUCAUUCCAAUCGUCGUUCUCAUGGCGUUGUCAUUGGUGUCGAUGUCCCUGGAUUAUCUUCGGCGCGUAUGCGGCUACACAACAUCAAAACCAUCAAAUUCAACGGCUGGGAGCAAAAAUACCUCGAUCCGACGCUUGUCCUCAACGAUGAUCCGGACGCGUACGACAGCGUAAAGAUCCCAAAAAAGUAUCGACGGUUGGCGGAUGCAUUUAUAAGCACUGCGCAAACGGCGAACAGCAUCCUUCGGAAUGUGUCUAGUCAGCUCGCGAUAUUUUUCACGGUGAAUUUGUACCUUCAGAGCGGAGAGACGUUGUCCAGCGUCGAGCUGCUUCAGAUUAUCGAGCAGAUAACGCAAGUGAAGAACAACGCCCAAAGCGUCCUUUCAAGCUAUUACCUCAUCGGUGAGGCUGUUAAUGACAAUUUGCGGCUGGAGGGAUGCCUAGCAGUCGAACCAACGAAUGGCAUUGCGGUUCAACCUGGAUUAUCUGAAGCCGGCCCGUCAAUAGAGAUGAAGGACAGCACUUUUACGCACACAAAGAAGACAGAGACGAACAUACUCGAGGGUGUAUCGUUGAGCAUUGGCAGGGGUCAGCUCGUGUCAGUCAAGGGCGGUGUCGCAUCCGGAAAGACGUCGUUACUGCUUGCGAUGUGCGGUGAGGUGGAAAUGAGAUCAGGAGCAGGUCAUGUCACCGGCCGUAUUGGAUAUCUGGGGCAGUCGCCGUACAUCAUGAAUGGAACUCUGCGCGAGAACAUCUUGUUUGGCCGUGACUUUGAUGAGUCGCUUUACUGGCGUGUCAUGGAGGCCUGCGCACUAAUGGAGGAUGCUGAGCAGUGGCCCAAGCGUGACAUGACGCUGAUUGGCGAGGGUGGCAUCAACAUUUCGGGCGGACAGAAGGCUCGGCUGGCGCUUGCUCGUGCAGUAUACACUCAGGCUGAUGUAUAUAUUCUGGAUGACCCGCUCUCUGCUGUCGAUGCACAAAUCAAGCGACAUCUGCUCGACAAUGUCCUGCUGAACACUGGGCUACUUGGCAACAAGCUGCGUGUGGUGUCGAUGAACUCUAACCAUUUGGAUGCGUUUGCCAACCAGAAUAUCACGGUUGACAAGGGCCAGGUCACCGUGGAGAUCCAGGAACACCCGAGAGUGCAUUCGCUGGCCACUCUGCAUGGCUCUUGUCCAGAAGGCGGAUCUGGGGACGAUACCAUCCGAGUAGCAGGCGCAGUGAUAGCAGGAGGGGGCAUGCGACCAAAAGAUUUCGACAUGGAUAAAGGUAUUAACUGGGACGAUGCGAAAUAUGCGUUGGACAUCCUAGGCUUACCUGUCCUUGUCCUGACGCUGUUUACUGCGACAUUUCACCCCGUAUCUGACUACAUCACUGAGGGGUACAAGCUUGACGCACUCAACAAGAACAGCGUGGCAGCAGAUCCACAUGCCAUUGGUACCUAUCUGUGGUAUCAGAUGCUCGCUGCAACAAUUACAAACGUCGUUAACACGGCCGAGAGCAUGCUCAAGAGGAACGUCGCUGACAAGUAUGUGGAGGAGCGAGUAAUCAAUAUGUUUACGCGCAGUUUGGUAUACGCCCCAAUGUCGCUGUUUGACAGUUCCAGCAAGCAGGAUAUUGAUUCCAAGUUCUGGGUGUGCAAAAACGAGCUUGCAAGGAGGCUGCCAAUGCUGAUACAGACAAAUGUCUCCACGAUCCUGAGCAUUUCCCUGUCAAUGUACCGCGUCAGCCGCAAGGCACCGCUGCUGCUGCUUAUCGCGCCUGUUAUGGCGAUUGCAAUGAACCAUGUCGGCAAGCUGGUUAUUCCUACAUAUCGUGCAGUGCGCAAAAUCACUCGCUCAUUCAAAGUCGAACAGUCACGGAUCAGAGACGUCCUCAGCGAUAGCAGCCGCACAAUCCGUCUUCAUGGUGUCGAAGGCUACUUCACUAGCAUUCACAAGGGCAACGUCGAUGAAGAGGUGCGGUUGACGCGACCGAGGAAGGCCUUGAGUUCGUUGUCGAGAACUCUGGUCAAAGUCAUCGAUGUCACGACGAGCUCGGUUGUCACAGUGAUCAUGGUAAUGCAGUCUCAGUUCACCGAUUACAAGCUGACCUCCGGCGAGCUCAAGGUGUUUGGGUCGUUAAUCAAUGACAUGGUAUCGAGCAUGUCGCGACUUGUAGACCUGCGCACAAGGGUUAUUGAGCUACUUGAGACUGUCGAUCUGUUCCGCCAGUUUAUCCAGACACCGCUUGAGGCAGCAUGGGACGAAGGCGGUAUGCAGCCACCAGCAAACUGGCCGAUGCAGGGCAGUAUUGAGUUCCGCAACUACUGCAUGCGAUACACCCCAGAUCAGGACUUGGUGCUGAAGGACAUCUCGUUUACAAUCAAGAGCGGUGAGCGCAUUGGCAUUGUGGGCCGCACCGGUGCAGGCAAGUCGUCAUUGACACGGGCGUUGUUCCGGCUAGUCGAGGGUGCGUCCGGAUCCAUUCUGGUCGAUGGCAUUGACAUUGCGACGCUGCGAGCGGACGGCCUACGUCCAAACCUUACAAUCAUCCCGCAGGACCCGACGAUCUUUAACGGUUCCGUCAAGGCCAACCUCGACCCACUCCAGCAAUACACGAUUGAGGACAUGUGGGCAGCGCUAAUAAAGGCUGAGCUAGUCGAUGUUGUGAACCCAAAGGCCAAGCAUGACAAGACCAAGAAGGAUAUGAAGAACGAGGACAGCGACAGCGACUAUUUGUGGGAGACAGAGAGGCAGAGGGAUAAGCGUCUGAAUUCGAGCUGGCCGAUGCGUGCGUUCUUGUGGUUGUUCCAAGAGCGAAGAAACACAGACAGCCUUUUAACUCGCAACAAAGACUGGGGGCUGUCAAAGAGAUAUUAUGGACGUGGCUGGUUGACCUCGGGGCAGCGGCAGAUGUUCAGUCUGUGCCGAACGCUGAUGCGCAAACGCAAGGUUCUGGUUCUUGACGAGGCUACGGCGGAUGUUGACCUCAAGACGGACAGGAUUACCCACGACGUCAUCCACAAGGAAUUUGCCGGCUGUACCAUCCUGACCAUCGCGCAUCGCCUUGAAACCGUCAUGAACAGCGAUCGCAUCAUCGUGAUGGACCAUGGCACUGUUGCCGAGUUCGACACGCCGGCCAAUCUUUUGGCCAAAGGCGGCCUGUUUGCUGAGCUGGUAAAGUCCAACGAUUUUUCCAACAUGUAA